UUGACGCUUGGAGACCGUUUGGCCGCCAGUCUCGUCAGCCUUUGGGCCACUAAGUUCAUGUGGAGAUUCCCAACUGCCCACGCCGUGCUUCGUGGGGUCCGGACGGCGGUGGAGCGGUGCAGCCGGGCCCAGACGGUCACUGAGAAAGCGGCGGGAGCUAUGGAGCGCGCGGUAGUGCGCUGCGUGCCCUCGGAACCUAAGCUGAGUUUGUCGUUCGCUCUGGCCGAUGGCAGCCACAAGAAUAUGCAGCGCGACCAAAGUGAGCCACUAGGUCGGGCCCUUAGCCGAAUCGCCACCAACGCCCUCAAGGGCCACGCCAAGUCUGUCGCCCCCAAGAAGAGCAGGAAGAACCGGCCGAAUGCGAGCGGCAGCUCGGCCUGUGCUGGGCCUGACUCGGCCGCGCCCAGCGAACCGGUGGUGAAGCUGUACUACCGGGAGGAGGCGGUAGCUGAGGACGUGCUCAACAUGGAUGCCUGGCAGGACGGCGCGGUGCUGCAGAUAGGCGACGUCAAGUACAAGGUGGAGCGCAACCCACCCGCCUUCACCGAGUUGCAGUUGCCGCGCUAUAUUAUGGCCGGCUUCCCCGUGUGCCCCAAGCUCAGCCUCGAAUUUGGGGAUCCCGCCGGCUCCCUCUUCCGUUGGUACAGAGAAGUAAAACCUCCAGCCACUGAGCCUGAGGGUGAGGGCCCCUCGUCGUUUUCUCCUUCCUUAGCCUGUUCUACUUGGACAGAAACGGGUGUGAACGAGCGCGUCUACACCCCGUCCAAUGCUGACAUUGGGCUACGGCUCAAGCUUCAUUGCACCCCAGGCAAUGGUCAGCGAUUUGGUCCAAGCCGAGAGUUGGAAAGUGUGUGUCCUGUGGAGGCUGGACCCGGUACGUGCACCUUUGACCACCGGCAUCUCUACACCAAGAAGGUGACAGACAGCUCUCUCAUCCGUACCAUCUCCUACAACAUCCUGGCCGACACAUACGCCCAGACUGAAUUCUCCCGAACAGUCUUAUACCCAUACUGUGCCCCCUACGCCCUGGAACUCGACUAUCGCCAGAACCUUAUCCAGAAGGAACUCACAGGCUAUAACGCCGACCUCAUCUGUUUGCAGGAGGUGGACCGCGCAGUGUUUUCAGACAGCUUGGUGCCCGCCCUGGAGGCCUUCGGGCUGGAGGGCGUGUUUCGAAUCAAGCAGCAUGAAGGCCUGGCAACCUUCUACCGAAAAUCCAAGUUCAGCCUCCUUAGCCAACAUGACAUUUCUUUCCAUGAAGCCUUGCAGUCCGACCCAAUUCACAAAGAACUGCUAGAUAAACUAGUUUUAUACCCACCAGCGCAAGAAAGGGUAUUUCAGAGAUCAUCUGUCCUUCAGGUUUCAGUUCUCCAGUCUACAAAGGACUCUUCUAAAAAGAUUUGUGUUGCUAAUACUCAUCUCUAUUGGCAUCCAAAAGGUGGGUACAUUCGUCUCAUUCAAAUGGCAGUAGCCUUGGCUCACAUUAGACACAUUUCAUGUGAUCUCUAUCCUGGCAUACCAGUUAUAUUUUGCGGGGACUUUAAUAGUACACCAUCAACAGGAAUGUAUCAUUUUGUCAUCAAUGGCAGUAUUCCAGAAGACCAUGAAGACUGGGCUUCCAAUGGAGAAGAAGAAAGAUGCAACAUGUCUCUUACUCAUUUCUUCAAACUGAAAAGUGCCUGUGGUGAACCUGCUUACACAAAUUAUGUCGGUGGCUUUCAUGGAUGUCUGGAUUAUAUUUUCAUUGACUUAAAUGCUUUAGAGGUUGAACAGGUGAUUCCAUUGCCCAGUCAUGAAGAAGUUACAACCCACCAGGCCUUGCCUAGUGUUUCACAUCCUUCUGAUCACAUAGCACUUGUAUGUGAUUUAAAAUGGAAAUAGAUGUGUGUUUAAUGGAACUUAAUUUUAAGUCUGAAAAGGAAGU